AUGACCUCUAACACCCUCAUGACUUUCCUGCUGAUUACCAAACCUGAGGUCCGGUCAGUCAAACUGCUCGGAUCGUGGGAUAAUUUCUCCAAGCAAUAUGUGAUGGAAAGGGACAAGCGCGUUGGCCCGGGCCACUGGAAAGGAUGUCAUACCUUUACGGAUAUCAUUGGCGACGGGCCUGACAAGACUCAAUGGCGAACCGGGGGUCUCAAGAUGGGAGGCACCUACUGGUACUAUUACCUUUUGAAUGACGAUAUUGAAUAUUAUAACGAAAGAGAACCUGCCACCACAAAAUGUCCUCUGCUUCCCGGGCAACCGGUGAAUGUGCUGAAUGUGCCCAUCAUCUUACCCGAUAGUCGGUCCCAUGGACGCUCGGGCAGCAACAGCUCCCUCAAGUCUGAAUACCGAACGAUGAACCCGGAGGACAAGUUCAUGAACCCGCGCAAGCCUCCACCGCAGCCUCAACCAGUGCGUCUUCAGACUUCCACGUCCGUGCGUCGCCAACCGAGUCCAGCGCAGGCUGCCACCUCCCCAAUUUCUAGCAUGAUUCACAGGAGCAAGUCCCAGCCGAACAGUGCCACUCGCAGAAGUCAUACUUCGAAGGACUCGCGUUCCUUGUCUCCCCCGAGAGCACGGGCCCUUCGUGCUGCUCUAGGACAACCCAAUGGGACAGAGAACCGGGCACCUGAGACAUGGCAAUCAAACAAUGCUUCAAACAAAAUUGUUGAGACGCGACGCAAUGUCCCUGGGAUCAAGAUUAGUGCCGGAAUCGCAAUUCCCUCCUCCGCAAACUCGCCUAACAAGCUGGGCCCUUCGACCAUUCAAAGUCGGCGCGCAUUGAAGACCGGAGAUGGAUCCCCGGGUCGCCUUCUCACUGUCCAGACGCGCCCUGAGCAUCGUGCACACAGUCCUCCGCGUGUGAACGGCAAGAAUGCAGCCUAUGAUGAGUCUCAUACUAUCAGGGAGGCGCUGGAAGAUAUUGCAAACUCCAGCGACUUGCCAACACCAACCAAACCAUUCGCCAAGAAGGAAAAGAGGCUUCCAACACUGCCGAACUCUCCUUCCUCCGUGAUGGACGAAGCCGUCCGUGCCAUCGACGAAAGAGACCAAGCCAUGGACGCGGAGGCUCUGCGCAGUCACUUCUCUAGCAUGACAAUGACAGACGAUUCUAUCCACUCUCGCUUCAUCCCAGAACGCAGCCGAUUCUCGGAAUGGAGCACUGACACUGAAGCCGACGACUACAACACACCGGAAUCAAUGGUUUCAACCUCGACCUUCAACCAGGACUACAACUCCGAAAACGAUGCCUCAGACGACCGAUGGAAAACCCCCGAACUCUCCCAGUCUGGCGAUGCAGCAAUAAACACAGAUCCCAACACUCCCCAUCUUACCGUCCACUCCAAACCCUCGUCUCCGAACUCAGCCGAAGGCGAAGGCGACCUCCCCUGGAACAUCUCCCUCCCUCAUCUCACCGUGUCUCUAUCCUCUCCCAGUAUCAACGGCUCAGGGCUGGGUAUCGAAGGAAUGGACGAAGUGGAAAGCAACCCAAAGCGCCACGCCGCCCUCUUCAGCGCCCUCGAAUCAAUGGAGGCACUCGCCAUGUCCCGCAGCCCCGAUUCAUCUCCCAUCGUCCUUCCCCAGGUCCUGCAUGAUUCAGUCUCUGAAAGGAACCUCUCUGGAGAGCGGAGACCCAGUUAUCAGGCUGAGUCUAUUCGCUCCCGACGCAGCAACACAGAUUUCCAGGCUGGUAAUACUACCAUGCAGGAGUUGAUGGAUGAGCUCAGUUAUCUGAAGAAUAUGAUCCAGGCUGAGAUGGAUGGCACUCCUUUCUAA